UAAAAAUAAACAAAAAUGAGUCUGGAUCCCAUGAAAUCGGCCAUUUCCAUCGGCAAUGUGGACGACACGUCUCUGGCCCUGCCGUCCGUCCACCAGUACCGGUCAGGACAACAGCGAGUCCUGGAACAAGUGCAGACUAUCCGGAGGACCAAGUCCAGGACGUCCAGCAGCAGGAGCGGAUCCACUUCUUUAUCUCCAACAUCUCCUCUGUAUGACUUCGUUUUCAUAGACACUUCAAAGUCACAGUCACAGUCCAACGCGUCUAAUGGAGCCCUCUUCUUCGGGAAUGGCAUUUCUAAAUCUCUCAGCCUAGAGAAAAACGCCAACCGUCAGUCAGUCAUCAACAAUAAUCGAUCCAGUGUGAAGCUGAGCUCAGCUUCCACCUAUCAGUCCAAGAGGGGAUACGCCCCCGUCGCCUCCGUGGCGGCCGGUCCAGCCAACACCAGCCGCAGCGACUCUGAUCUGGUCUGGCAGCGCUCCAUGCAACAGCGCUCGGCUCCUCCGAAGAUGUUCUUUUCCACCAUGGGCACCUACAGGACACCGGAGAGGGUCACCACUCAGUUUGUAACAAACACCGCAUCCCAGCCUCAGCUGCAGUCUGUGCACACAGUGAAUGGCACAGGUCAGAUCAAAACAAACAACCAGUUUAUUGGCAGCCAAGUUAAAGUGACCAAAACAGUCCCGAAGUCUCCCGUCACUGAGAGUGCUCCGAAGAGCAAAGGAGAUCCUGGGUCAAACAACAACAAUGGCGUUGUUGAUAUCACUAUGAAGGAGGCUGUUGAGUAUCUUUCCAACGAGGAUGAGACGUAUCAGCACUGUGGCGCUUCCUACAUACAGCACAAUGCCUUCAUCGACGACAAGGCUAAAGAGGAGGUGUUGAAGCUCAAAGGGAUCCAUCCUUUGGUGGGUCUGCUGCGCAGCUCCAGCUCCCAGGUCAGCCAGACAGCCUCGGCCGCCCUCCGUAACCUGUCCUUUAAGAGCAACGAUAACAAGGAAAAGAUCCAUCACUCGGGCGGCAUCACGGAGGCCACGGCUCUGCUCAGAGAUACGGACUCUGUCGAGAUACAGAAACAGCUGACAGGUCUCCUGUGGAAUUUGUCCUCAGUAGAAAGCUUGAAGCCAGACCUGCUGAAGAGUGCUCUGCCAGUCUUAAUGGAGCGUGCGAUCCUGCCGUACACAACAGGUCCAGACCGGAGCAGCAGUAACAGCCAGGACCCUGAGGUCUUCUUCAACGCCACCGGAUGUCUAAGAAAUUUAAGCAGCACGAAGCAAAGCAACAGGCAGGCGAUGAGAAAAUGUCGAGGUUUGGUGGACUCCAUGGUCAGUUAUGUUAAAGACUGCGUGGAUGCAGGAAAACCCGAUGAUAAGUCGGUGGAAAACUGCGUGUGCGUCCUGCACAACCUGACCUUCCAGCUGGAGGCCGAGGCUCCGGCUCUGUUCAGCAGGAUCACAACGCUGGCCAAGGCUGUCAACGGGGGCCACAGCCAGGGAGACACCGGCCCCAUCGGCUGCUUCAGUCCACAGGGCAAAUCCUCAGAGCACGAGCGUCACUUUGACUUCCCGGUCGUUGAGGAUCCACAACCUAGUGGAGCCGGUCACCUGAUCCACUCCAAAACUCUGCAGAGUUACCUGUCUCUGCUUGGGACCAGCCAGCAAGAAGAAACACAGGAUGCCUGUUGUGGAGCCAUGCAGAACCUCACCGCAAACGAAAGCAUUGUUGCCGGUGUAAUGAGCCAGACCAUUGUGCAGAAACUGAAUGGUCUGCAAUUUAUCAGUCCCCUUUUAAAAUCAGAGAAAAUCAACAUCCAGAAGAAUGCAGUGGCUUUGGUAGGAAACCUGACCAAAAACCCAAACUUGCAGAACGCCAUAGGUCGUAAAGCCCUCCCAGAGCUCCUGGGCAUCCUCAGCACAGGCACCAAGGAAGGAAACGAGUCUGAUGACACACUGGCCAUGGCCUGCCAGACUUCGCGUUGCCUGCUUAUGAAGGAACCUGAGAUGGGCAAGCAACUGUUGAACAACAACCUGAUCAACUCCCUGAAAGUUCUCAGCCUAAAAGAAUAUUUACCCAAGACCAGCAAAGCUGCGUCCGUGCUUCUCUACAACCUGUGGUCAGAAAAAGAUUUACAAAGCUUCCUGAAAAAGCAGGGGAUGAACAAGUCCACGUUUGUGAAUGACAUCACCACGGCAGCACACAAGUCGGUUCAAGUUGUCGAUUAA